GCAGGACAACAGCUCCGCUUGUUUGUCGCCAACACCGUUGGUGCCCGUUUUCUAGACAUUGUUCUUUCCUGUCAGGAUAUAUACUAUACGGAUACUCGUGCGCAUAAUUGGAUCACACAGGACCGUUGACACGCAUGCCGCGCGCAACUACCGCCUGUAUGCAUCGUUACCCACGCGCUGAGCGUUGCGCGCAACACUUCGAAUGUCAAAUCACGACCUGGGAGAUAAUUUCCAGAAUCUAAGCGAUGCCGAUAUCGAAGCUCUCCACGAGAUCGUGCAGCUCGCGAGCUCGAAACCGGGACCGGCGUUUGGGCCAGGCCUUUUUGCGGCGUACGACGAAGUCAUUGCCGAAAAAAAUGCGACUGCGGCGGAAAGCAGCAGAUAUUUCACAUUCAUAUGUCGCAUGCUCAGGGGACGGAAGCCGAACGAGUCUGUUUUCGAGCGGUUCGUUAGUCUCCUUGCAGAGCACGGAAUCACGGUCACGCCUUACGACGACGCUGCCACCGAUGAUGGAGACCAGGAACACGCACAGGAGGCGGGGCAGCCUGGUUUGGGCGGGCUGGUCGGUGCAGAGCGACACAAUGCUGUGCUUAGCUCGGCGGAGACUCUUGCCGAAGAUGAGGAAGUUGCGCAGUCAAGAAGAAAGUCGAGUCUUGGCGCCUCUACUGGCAUAUCCGGAGUGCCUAAGAGGAGCAAUGUACGAAAGCCAAGGAGGUCGCAGUCCGAGGAUACUCAUAUGCGGGGAAUUCCUACCUUGGACAGAGGCCGGAUGAAUGGACGAGUCUUUUCUUCACAGUUGCCUAACAGGCCGCGAAGAGCGGCGUCUGUCUCUAGCACCCGAAGUUUGAGAAUAACGCGAUCACGGGGGUCCACUAUCGGAAACGCAGAUGCAUACUGGGCCGAUGAAUCUGAUCCUUCUGAUGCCACUCGAUCGCGAAGGCACUCUGUUAUUGAAUCUCAGCCUCCUCUGCCCUUUACAAGUUCCGUGGAUGCGCGGUCAUUUCUACCUCCUGAGUUGUUACAGAAAUCUGAGGAGCAGAUGAAUGCAAUCGCAGAGACUUUUCAAGAAAUGAAAGGCAGGAUAUUGCAGAGACGCAUCCUCACGAAAUGGAACCACAAAGCUAUUCAAGCAAGCGCAAAUCAUGAUCAGAUGUUCGCUAGAGCACAGAAUCAAGAUCGCAAAAAGCUCCUCCGAGACUCUUGGUUUAUCUGGCGACAAAAGCUUGAUGCGAACCGGCUCCACAGAGCAUGGCAGGAAAACGAGAGCUUCUACACUUCAAUGGAGGAAAUGGCCACAAGGGAGCGCGAAGUAAAUCUCAAAUGGGUUGCAUUCUCUCACUGGAAGACAAUGGCUAAAGAGGAGAAGCAGAGGACGUCCAUUGCAAGACGCCACAUAUUGCGCAGGCGAUACUUCAAUGCAUGGAGCAAUGUUACCUCUGUCAACGACUUGAAAGUAAGACGCUGCGUGCUCAAAAAAUUCUUUGCCGUUUGGCAGCGAAGGCUGCAUGCUAUUCAAGCAGAAAGUGACCGGGCGACAAUAACUCACAAUAAAAAUCUUGUGCAGAGGACCUACCAAACCUGGUUCUUCAAUUUUGCAGAGCGGGCAGCACCUGAUCUGCAUGAUCGCAGGCUGGAAAGAAGAUAUUUUGUCCUCUGGCGAGGAGCAGUUCGUCAGCUGCUCGAAAAUGAGCAUAACGCGGAGGAGAUAGUGCGCGGCAACAUGUGCAGGAUGAAUCUUCUAUCUUGGAGAGCUAAGACCCAGGACCUUCUAGAAAUGAACAAGCUCGCCGAAGAUUUCAGGAGACAUAGGUUGCUAUCGAAGAGCCUGGAAAGCUGGAAAAGGGAGGCUGUGCUCGCUCCGAGAGCAGCUCAACUAUCUGCUCGUGUCAAUGCUAAAAUCGAGGCCAAUGCCUUUGCCAUUUGGCGGAGAUAUUGUCAGAUAUCACGACAAGCUGCCCAUGUCCUGGAGCAACGUCUCCUUCGAAAUGCUUUCUCGGCCUGGAAUGACAAGCUUCGAAUCGGGUUUCUUCAGGGCCAAAUAGAAAUCAGGCUCAAGGUUGAAACCCUGUACAAGUGGAAGAUUGCGUCACGCGGCGUAGAAGCUGAGAGAACACACGAGAGGAAGCUUGUGCGAAAUAUGCUAAAUGUCUGGCUGUCUAGAGCGCAGACUAGGCAUCGAAGCAUUGAGGGGGCAGAGCAAUCUUUCGAGCUAUCGCAAAGACAACGAGCGUUGCGUGUCGCGUAUGGAAAGCUUGUAUAUGCCUCGCAACACUGGCAACAACAACAGGCAGAAGCAGAACACUUCCGACAAGUGCGGCUUGUAUAUGCCAUGCUCGCUAAGUGGCAGCAGAAGAAUGCGGAGGUGGAUCUGCUUCGUCGCAAGGCUGCUGCUGCAGAGUUCUACAUACUCACUACGAAGGCUUUGAAGAAAUGGUCUCACACUGCGGAAGAGCAUCGCAAGCAUCGCAAGCGGGAAGCUUACGCCUAUAUUCGUCGAAUGUGCAAGAUGAAUCUUGCCAGAGAAAUGUUGCGACGAAUGCAAAUUCAGCUUGCGCAUGUGCGAAAUUUGGAUCGUUUUUCCGCCGAAUUCCGAGAAGAUCAUGUUGUCAAAACAGCUAUUUCUACCUUCAGGGUUUGGAAAGAUCGUGCGGCGAAAUUUUUACAGGAGGACCAACAGGCUAAGCAGUUAUAUAACCAAAAGAUCCUGCUAGAUGCCUUCAAAAAGAUGGUUCAACGCAAAGAUCAGCUGCAGGAGAUGCAGACACAAGCAAGACAAUUGUCCGCUGGUUCCGCAGCAGUUGAAGCAAUGAACUGCCUGCGUAAACUUGAUAGACGUUUGUUCCAAAUUAAGGGCCAAGAACAGUGGGCAAUCGCAUUGCGGGAUAAACACUGGGAGAAACACGUUAAGAAUAUGUUAAGAUACUGGUAUGAACAAACUUUGGUGGCGAGGCGAGAAGUCGAUGAGCAAGAGGGCAAUGAAGGAGUCGCUGAACGAAUUAUGCGGGCAUCCGCCUCUACAGCGCCGUUCAUAGGCGACUUAACGGUGUUCGACAAUACGACCUGGAACCUCGAGCCCCUUGACCUUAACCUACACAAUUUUCCUUCCCGAGCUCAAGAGGAUGUCGAUACGACAUUCGUCGAAAGUGACGGGAUCAUAACCUCGACACCGCUACCAGGCUAUCUUCGUACUCCCUCUAAGCGCAGUGCUGCACGCGCGAAAGCCCGUGAGCGCAUUGCAGCACACUCACGGACAACCAUGGGACGAACGAUCCGAUUUGCAGACCGAGUACCCGCAACAGCUCCACCUCGUCAACAGACGGCUUCAGCUCCACCCGAUCUGACCUCUCCUUCAGGGCCGAGCAUCACACCUUUUGAACGCAAGCUACGCCAGAAAGGGUAUGCUUCACCUUCUCGAUUUGGAAGACGUACAGUUGGUCUCCGCGGAUCAAGCCGAUUUGGCGCAAGUUUCUCCUCGAGCCAGACGCUGGGCACAUACACACCUGCCACCAGUGGAUUUCCUGGCUUCGAAGAUAUUCCGGAGGUUAGUGAGGAACGGAGCAGAGAUCUGUGAAGUGCAUGGCGAUUGCACUGAGAAUUGGAUAGAGCGAUGGUUAUGUCGAUAACGGUUUUGUGAUUGUUAAGCAUUUGAUGAUACCCUUUGGUUCGUAACAAAAAAAAUGAGAC